AUGGGUAAUAAAUCAGGAUCUGAAUUUGGUGGAAUAAUGAUAAGAACAGAAAAAUAAUUAUAUUUUGCUGGCGAUGUUGUAUAAGGUACGAAGAUUAUAUUUAAGACACUUAGGAAACAUAUAUCUUCAUAUAAUAAAAGAAGGAUUUAGUGGAAAAGUAGUCUAACUUACCAUUUAGGGUAAAGAAAAAACAAGUUGGACAGCAGGAUCAGGUAGACAAAGAAGAACACAUGAAGGAAAAAAUACUUUUCAUAAAAUCACAGUGGUUGUCCAUACAUUUUUAGAGGAUAAUCUUAUGGUUGGUUCAUUUAUAUUUCCUUUUGAAGUCCAUCUGCCUGCAAACCUACCUGGAACAUUUUAUUAUAAAGAUGGUGUUUUUGCAAGCUUAAGUUAUAAAGUAAUUGCUAGAGUCAUCUCAACAUCUAAAUAGAUAGAUGAUAUAAAAAAUAAAUAGGUCCUAAUGUUAAGAGAACCAAUUUAACAAAUUUUUUCAUCGUUAUAGCAGAGGGAAUCUACUUAGAUUCUUAGCGGAGGCUGUUUUAAAAGAGGAGUAUCAAUAUUAAAUGAUAUUUUAGACUUCUUCAAUUGUUGUGAAAGUAGAAAAAAAUAUAUUUUUUCCAGCUGAAUUUCUAAACUUUAAUUAUGAAAUAGACAACACAAAUUGUCAACUUGAUGUAGAUAAGGUCGAUUCUGUAAUUGUGAAUAGAUUAAGAUUGAGAUCAAAUUCAGAUAGCGAACAUUCUAUUGAAUUUGAAUAUAAUUAUUAAUACCAUAAAGGUCCUUAAAAAGGAAAUAAAAUUUAACCUGUGUAAAAGUAAGAGUACUAAUUAUAAUUGAUUAAUAUAAAAAAUCCUCUUUAGCAUCUAACUCCAUCAAAUAAAGGAGAUUACGUGAAUUCAAAAUAUUAUUUGAAAGUUCAGCCACAUUACGAGGGUAAGAGCAAAUCUAAUUAGGUUGUUCUUGUUGUUCCCCUAGACCCACUGUGAAGAUUCCAAUUACUAUAUUUGCUAUUCCUCCUCAAGAGUAGUUUCAACCGUUGAUUUAACCUGAAAAUUGGAAUCCAUAAGCAUUUUAACGAAUUAUAAUUUAAUCAAAUAGUUAAGGUUAAACAAGUACGCUAAGAAAAGAUCUAUAGUAAAUGGCUAAUCCAAUGAAAAAUUGA